AUGACCAUUAAUACACCAUCUAUAAAUCUACUAACCUCAUCACCAUUCCAUAUCCCAUCUAUUCAUACUAUCAGUGCAAAGAAAUCCAGUGAGCUUGAAAAUAUGAAACCUACAGAAAUGAAAAAGAUCAUUCAACUCCUCAUCCAUCAGGCGGAAGAAGAAAAAACAACAUUAGCAAACGUGGAGAAUGACUACUUCUUACACGAACAGCUGAGGAAUGAAAUAAUGGAGAAAAUGAACUGCCGUCCGAGGUAUCCGAACUAUCUUCAGACCAAAGCCAUUCUCACCACCAGCAUACACGACGGAGCAAAAGCAGUCCAAAUCAUCUACAGCUUGAAGAGAGAGACUGAAUCGAUCAUUGAGAAGCUGAAAAUGGAGAUGAAAAAGAUUCCAGAAGAUGAUCAGCCAUACAUGGACUAA